AUGCAGUACCGUUUACUAUACGGCACAAACGAGCCACCUACCUAUACGUUUAACGUCCUCAUAGGCUGCGGAAAACUGGGUGGAGAUUCCACGGAAGCCCACCCUAAGAUCGUGGGCGGAAAAGACGCCAAACCCCUGGAGUUUCCAUGGCAAGUUUCCUUACGAAUGAUGCGCAAAGGAGGUCUCAGCGGCCAUUUCUGCGGUGGAUCCCUGAUCACGGAUAAACACGUGCUCACUGCGGCCCAUUGCGUACAGGAAGGCGAUGACAACAAGUAUGCGGUGAUCGUAGGAGAUCACCAGCGUAACGCCAACGAUCCCACAGAAGAACUCAUCGAAGUGCAGAAAGUGAAGGUGCAUCCCAGGUGGGACUCUCGAAGAAUCCGGAAUGACGUCGCCGUGCUGACCCUGGCUCGUCGACUCAACUACACGGGCGCCGACAAACACCUCUCUCCCAUAUGCCUACCCAAGGAGAACACGACUGUCCCAGACGAUGAAAUCUGCACCGCCACUGGUUGGGGACGCACUGAGUACGGAGGUGAUCUUCCCAAAGUUCUACAAAAGGUGAACCUGCCCAUUGUUUCCACCGCACGCUGCCAGUCCUAUUAUGACGACAUUUACCCUAUCACUGUGCAAGGUGAUAAAAUGAUCUGCGCUGGAUACGACGAAGGAGGGAGGUCUACGUGUCACGGCGACUCCGGAGGGCCUCUACAGUGUCCUGGAGUAGGAGACCGCCAAGUUAUCGUCGGAGUCACAUCGUGGGGCGUCAGAUGCGCAGGGCCCCGGAGGCCGGGUGUCUUCGCCAGGGUUACCAACUUCUUAGACUUCAUUCACGAGCAGGUGCAAGAAAAGGACGAGGCGCCCUCGACAGCAACUUGUCCUCCGUGCCCUCCCUCACGCCUGUCUAUAGUGCAUACGUGGAAGGGACGCAGUCGCACCCCAAACAUGUUGGCCUGGGCUCUGUCAGCGUUCUUUCUCAUCAGCACUGCACGCGGCGAAACAGAAAGGUGUGGCAUUCGUGGCCCCAGCAACACCGAAGCUGUAAGCAAGAGAAAUGGCAUGCACCGGAUCGUUGGUGGUGACGAUGCGCAACCGCUCGAGUUCCCAUGGCAGGUAUCGCUCAGGAGGAAGAUCCCCAUCGUCAACAUGGACAUGGGACACACAUGCGGAGGCUCCAUCAUCAGCGACAGGCAUAUCUUGACCGCUGCGCAUUGCGUUGAUGGGCUAUUCUCCUUUCCAUCAAAUUUCAUCGUGACGGUGGGAGACCAAAAUAUCUACACCAAGGACGACAGCACGGAAGACGCAAGGGCGGUUCGCAAAUUCAAGCAACACCCUCUGUGGGACAGCGAAAACAUAAACUACGACUACGCCAUCCUGACCCUGCAAAGACCAUUGGACUUCGAUGGGAAGCAUCGCAAUCUGAUGCCUAUCUGUCUGCCCAAGAGGAACGAAAGUUUCGACGGCAAGACCUGCACUGCGAGCGGAUGGGGACUCAAGGGAGUCCGAGAACGACGACCCCCGGCUAAACUUCAGAAGGUCGACUUGCCUAUUUUACCUCACGCCGUAUGCCGUGACAACUACAAGGACGUCAAUGACGUUCGCGAGAACACCAUGAUCUGUGCUGGCUACAAAGAAGGUGGAAAGUCUGUCUGCAUGGGCGACUCUGGUGGACCACUGCAAUGCCAGAGGGAAGAUGGCCGUUACGAACUUGCUGGCGUGACAUCGUGGGGCGUGGGCUGCGCGGGACCGGAACACCCCGGAGUUUUCUCGCGCGUUUCUACUCAGCUGGACUUCAUCGAAAAGGAAACAGGCCUAGCAUCGAAAUAA